AUGGCGGAAAUCUUAGGGGACUUAUUAAAACAAAAAAGAGACAACUUUCGAGUCGAAUUAAGGAGAAAGGCAACUGAAGAACUCUUCAAACAAAAAAGAAGAACUUAUACGAAUAAUGUGUAAACUUAAUUGACGGAUGAAAUAAUCAAUAUUUGGUAAAUGAAUUUAGUGAACUAAAAUUAUGAGGAAACCCUCAAUGAAAUAGGAUUAUAUUUAAGUAAUUCAACCGUUGAAUAUAAUUUAAAAUUAAUUAAUAAACAUGAAGUAUAUUCCUUAUUACUAAACAUUUGGAAUAAGCAGGAAUUGAACUAUCAUAUAAUUGAACAAUUACUUAAGAUAUUCGCAAAUUUACAUUCCCAUAAUGUAUUUGAUGAUUUGAAACUAUUGCAAAAUGAAUAGCUAAUGAGAAAAUUGUUUUAGUUAUUGGAAAUGACUUCAUAUCAAAAAAUUCAAUCUCUAAUCUUCUUCUUAUUAGCAAAUCUCACUGGAAAUGAUAAUGGAGUCAAAGCUAGAUAAUUGGCAGAUUAUGAAUUUUGUACUCUUCUCAAGAAAAUGUGGAUUAAUAGGCAAAUUUCCUUUGAAAUUGAAAAUAUUAGAUAAUUCUGUUGGUUUUUAAAAAACUUUUUCUCCUAUGAUUCAAAAAAUGUGGCUGGUUUUACAUUAAGAGAAGUCAAAGAUCUUUUGCCAAUUGUAUUAGAAUGCAUUGAUUAAAAUGAUAAGGAAAUAAAAUUCUAUUCCUUAUUGACUCUCAAGUAUAUGUGUUAAGCUAAAGAAGAAAUACUUGCAGACAUUUUUAAUAAACUGAAAAUGUUCAAUAAAUUAAUCGAUAUGUAGAGGAAAAGUAAUGAUGAGGAGAUUUAAUUAAAAAUACUUGACAUUAUAGCCUCUUUUGCUAUGGCAGAUGAUUAGAUAACGACUUAAUUAGUGAAUGAGUUCAAAAUCUUGGACUUCUUCUUAUAAAUCUAUAUCUAACCAGGUAGAAGCAAGUAGAUGGAAUUCAAAAAAAUAAUCUUAUGGGGAUUAAACAACUUGUGUUGUAAUUAAAAAUUUGAAGUAUUACAAACCAUAGUGCAACAUGAUCUAAUCUAAUUUAUGCAAAAGGAUGAAAAUGAAACAGAAAUUAUCAAAGAUGUCUUAGAAGUUAUUAUAAGCGUUUCUUAAUUAAAAAACACAGAUUUAUUAAAGUACUUUUUAAUGAGAGGUAAAAUUGCGGAUAUAGUGAUGAAUUAAUUGAAGCUCAAAACAUCAAAAAUUGUUAUGUUAAUGUGUUUGAAAAUAAUACAUAACUUUGCUUUUCAAAUAGGAAAGCAUUCACAAUACGAUUUGAAUAUGGCGGUAGAAUUGUUUAUUUCCAAAGGCUUAGACAAACUACUUAAUUAAUUAGAAUUUGAUCCAGAUAAUGAUAUCAGUCUAUUUGCAUAAAAAUUAACUGAGACUUUCCUUUAAUGA